AUGUUCUACGUCGGUGACAUAUCUGUGGGGAUCUAUUGGCCUACAUGCGGGGAAGCCAAGGAACUCGGUGCGAGAGUACACCGUUUGGUCCCAGUAUGCGAGACAACGACAAACAAGCGCGAGAUCAAGGGCGAUGAUCCUGGAGUCAGAAUUCUCGUCCUCCAGCUGUUGAUGUCAACAGCUGUCAACAGCUCCCAGACAUCAGGGAAUGAAAGUCGUGACAGAAAGUUGCAUUUCUUGGGGAAGCGCUGGUUGGCCACCAUCACAUAG